GACUAGAGAAAUACAUCUAGUUUUCUUUUUCUGUACUCAGCAGCAUACAGUACCCUGAUACAUGUAACUUUGACAAGAAAGCCAAGUCACAGAUCUACCGCGGUUACAUCCAGAAGGUAGCAGAGUUAGUCGGCAGUGAUGAGGUCAGCUCUGCAGGGAGGGUGUUGAUCAAUAUGGCCAACACAACACUGAACGAAAUCAGCACCCAGAGACCUUCAGCGUGUUUGAACAGACUGUUCCAUGACAUAGAGCGACUCUUUACCUGUUUUAUCCCCAGUUUUAAAGGGCAGAUCAGGGAGGAACUGAUCCAAACUGCCGUUGAUAUUAACAGCAUCACUCAGAACAUAGACAAUCCUGAUAGGUUUAUAACUGCCUCCGAGUGGUCGGAUUUAGAUUCCAUCCCACUGGAAAACUACAUAUCAAGUUCUUCCAUGAAUUGUGAUGACAGCAGUUCUCAGGGCAUCUUGGGGGCUUCAAGACGGGCACCUUUCUACCAGUCUUUGUGUGCCAGUCUUUUACCCGAUCCUCCUGAUUCACUGGAUGAACUGCUGUGUGGGAGACAGAAACCUCUUACCACAUCUUAUGAGGAACAGCUUCCUGUGAUGUUGUUGAGGUUUGAGACAUUGAUGCACUUCGGAACGAAGAAAAUAGACAAAAAGCUGUACAAUUUAGGGGUGGUCAUAUUGAGGAAACUAUUAUGUUUAUCUAGAAAGUACUCCGUCAUUGGUUGUAACAAGGUCCUGGACAGUGAAGCCUCAUCCUCAGAGAGUGACGAAUCAGAGAACGACUGUGUUUCCAGUGCAGUGCCCAUGAAGCGAUCACGUAAACAGAAAAACAGACCAAAGAAGAAACCCUGCUCUGUGCCUCGUCUAGAAACCAUAGAGGUCGAUAUGGAGGGCAUGUCUAAGGCCCAGAUUUCCUAUGGUCUACUGUACGUCUGCUACACACUCUACGAGAUAGAAGACCUAGUCAGUUUAGGGCCUGAUGGAUUUCCAGUAAUCCUGGAGGCUACUUUCCGUGCCAUGGAGCUUGGCAGGUUCAGAGCAAUUGCCCCAGAAGACACAAUUUCAGUGGUAGAAUACAGCUGGCUUAUAAACCUAGACGACGAUAUACGGGAGUCGUACUUCAAGCUUGUGGACACCAAUAAUACCAUACGUACCUUACAGGAACAGAUCAUUCCGAAGUACACCUCAGCACUACAGGAACAUCAGGGUAGUUUCUAUGGUGAUAAUUACCCUGUUGGUUUGCUCAGCCUCUUUUUGCAUAAAUCCCUAAUAAGUGACAAAGUUGCACAGACCUUAUCAUUGGAGGCUGCUUGUCUCAGUACCUGUCCACUGAAGAACCUGACAAUACCGACACAUCAUUUAUACCCAAGCAACAAAAAUCACGCAGAGAUAUGCUGGAAAUUGAUCAUCAGGAAAAUAUUUUCUGGUUUUCUUGUUGACAAAGUAAACAACAACGAUGUCAUAUCAAAGUUUCUGACCUACACAGAAAGGAUAGACGAUGUGGAGUAUGCCUUUCUUGUCUACGAUGUACUGAAGCAAUAUCAGAAAGAAUUUACCUUACUUGAGCAAAAAGUCUCCUGCAUUAAAUUUCUAAUGCGGUUGGUCAAGUUUGGCAACAACUCAUCCGAUGUCAUUAAGUCAAAGGACAUGCUCUGUACCUCAUUUGUAGAAAUAGGCCUGCAAAUUCAGAUGGAGUUUCUUGGCUUGAUUCUUCCCAACUGGCAGGAAUUGUGUCUCUUCUUCUGCCCGAGGGACCUCACACGAAUCAUAAAGGUCAUGGAAGACUAUAUGGUGAGUGAUGUCACUUUACCAAAGGAGACGACUGACAUGUUACUCCAGUACUUUGAGGCCCCCUUCAAGCAUGGUGAGGAGUGCAGUGAAUUCCUUAAAAUUGUCCAUGAUGAGGUGCUAAGGCAUGAGGCCCUACAGAAGGUCAUCCACCACAACGAGAACUACACUACUGCUGCCCUCUUACUGUUGGCCAAAAUCGAACAUGACCAAAUGGACUCAUCCACAUUACCAUUUGGAGAUAUAUUUUCCGAAAACGUAUUCCUUCUGAUACAACAGGCUUUCAGGAGGCUCAGAGAGUCAAAUACAUGUAACGAUGCCAACGAGGAGACGGAGUCAUCAAUUUCAGCUGACCUAAGGGUCCAUUUGCUAUGGUUUUUUGAAAAAAUUUCUGAUUGUGACAAAUGUGGUAACUAUGGGAACGAUAUUGUCACAGGCUCACAAUUCUCCUCUGUCAUGGUUGACUUAGCAGCUACAUGUACUAUCAGACAUGACUCCCAGCUACUGGUUUCUUUCUUGAGUGAAAUGCAAAAAUCUGAACCACUUUUUGCUUGUGCAAAACAAAACCUUGGCGAGCACUUGAUUGGUAGCUACCUGAGAAGAUUUCAGACACGCCUACGGACUUGUGGCAGAGGUUCAUAUGUAUAUGUUCUCCAAGAAAUGAGAGGGGCAAGAAACCGCUGCAUGCAAUAUGUUGACAAUGGAAGUGCUUUGUUUAAAAAGAAUGUAACUGACCCCAUCAGACGACUUCAUCGUGCCAAAAAGAAAUUUCUAGGCCUGAUGGAUUCUAAAUUCCCAGAGCUAGGCCAAGAUACUAGUACAUAAAGUAACGGGGAUGUAUAGGACAGUAUGAAAGUGAUGGUGCUUCAUCCAACUAAUACGGGACGAUAUGCUCUAAUACAGGAUGAUAUGCUCUAAUAUGGGAUGAUAUGCUCUAAUAUGGGAUGAUAUGAUAUAAUACGGGAUGAUAUGAUCUAA